AUGGUCGGUGUAGUUGAUACGGACAAUAUCGUCCAUCGCAUGGCGAUGGACGAUAAGGUCCCCUGGUACCAGAAGAAGCACCUCCGAUAUCUGUACUUCAUGCUGUUCCCUUGCCUUAUGGGCAUCGAAAUGACAUCCGGAUUCGACUCUCAGAUCAUCAACGCCGUGCAAUUGGUACCCGCAUGGACUAAUUACUUCGGACACCCAACAGGUGGCUAUAAGGGCAUUUUGGCCUCAGCGCUACCACUGGGUGCCUGUAUCGGUCUUCCUUUCAUUCCGCUCAUUAACGACAACCUGGGACGAAGGUGGUGCGUGAUGGUCGGGAGUGUAAUCAUGAUCAUCGGCUCUAUCCUCCAGGGGUUCGCACAGAACGCGGCUAUGUAUAUCGUUGCCCGACUUAUUGUUGGGUUCGGGCUUCCUUACGCCAUCGUUGCUGGGUCGAGUUUGAUCGGAGAGCUUGCAUACCCCAAGGAGCGAGCCGUCUUGACUUCCCUAUUCAACGCGGCCUACUUCAUCGGGUCCAUUACCGCAGCUGGUGUUACAACACCCUCCCUUCUGCAAAUGUCUCCGUCCCUGCUUCAGGUCGCCCUCAUCUUUUUCCUCCCCGAAAGCCCUCGCUUCCUCAUCAGCAAAGACCGCCACGAAGAGGCCUUGGCAAUCCUGAUCAAGUACCACGGCGAAGGAGACGAGAACUCGGAAUUCGCCAGGGCAGAAUACGCCGAGAUCAAGACGACCAUCGCGAUCGAGAUGGAGCACUCCAAGAAGUCAUGGCUGGACCUGGUCAGCACAGCAGCGAACCGACGCCGUCUUCUUAUCGGCUCUCUCGUCGGUAUCUUCUCGCAGCUCUCCGGAAACGUCGUCAUCUCCUACUACCUCGGCGACAUCCUCGCUCUCGUCGGCUUCACCGACCCUCAGUUUGCGGCUAAGUACAACAUCGGGAACCAAGUCUGGGGUCUCGUCUGCGCUGUAUUCACGGCACUGAUCAUCCGGAGGUUCAGGCGCCGGACUAUGUACCUUGUCGCUAUCUUCUGGUGCUUGACUGCCUAUGUCGCUUGGACCAUCUGUGCGGGUGUCGCCGUCACUACUGGCUCGGAUGUUGCUGCGAAGUUUUGCCUGUUCUGGAUCUACUUCUAUCAGCCUGGCUACAACAUUGGCUUCAAUGCCUUGACCUACACGUUCCUCGUCGAGCUGUUCCCCUACGCAAUGAGAGCACGCGGUAUUACCGUCUUCCAGUUCUUCGGAAAGGCUGCACAGUUCUUCGGCACCAACGUCAACCCGGUCGGCCUGGACCCCGACACCGGAAUUGGCUGGAAGUUUUUGAUAGUCUACUGCUGCUGGAUCGCCGUCGAAGCUGCCCUGAUAUGGUGGCUUUGGCCCGAGACCAGUGGGAGGACUCUGGAGGAACUCGCCUUCUUGUUCGAGGACGAUGAGAGAGCUCACAAGGCGACCGAAGCUGUUGAGAAGGUUAUCCACCACGAAGACAUGGAAAUAUCCGAGAAGGGCGGCACUGCGACUACCAAAGAGGCUGUUUAG